CCCGAGCACGCCUACCUGUGCCAGAUCUACAACCUGACGCUCCUCUGCAUGGAGGAUUACAUCGUGGAGCCCCAGUCGGUGCAGUUCCUGGUGCAGCACGGCUUCGACUUCAACAAGCAGUACUCCCAGGGCAUCCCCUACCACAAGGGCAACGACAAGGGCAAUGAGAACCAGAGCCAAAGCGUUCGGAGUUUUUUUCUGGAGCUCAUACGAGCAAAGAAGCCUCUGAUUCUCCACAACGGCCUGAUCGACCUGGUCUUCCUGUACCAGUGCUUCUACGCUCACCUCCCAGACAACCUUGGCACCUUCACUGCCGACCUCUCGGAAAUGUAAAAAAACAAGUACGCUUCCGAGUUUGAGACCCGCUUUGUAGCAUCCUACCUGGAGUACGCUUACAAGAAGUGCCAUCGAGAGAACUGCAAGCUGAAGGAGUCCAGCAGCCAGCACCUCGCCAUGGAGUUCUGCAGCUACCCUGCCAGCAUGUCCCGCUACAUCGACUAUCGCCACUGCUCCCUGGAAGAAAGGCACAGCGAGGGAGGGGGAAACACGGUGCCUGCCUAUGGCUGGUGUCCCAAAGGGGUGAAGUGUCCGCAGUCCCAUAACAUUGACCUCAUAAUCGAUGAGGAUGACAAGCUUUGGGAGGAGAAGCGGAAGAAACGGAAGCACAAGUGGAAACGUCGGAAGAACACAGAAAAGCUCACAAAGGCUUUGGAACAGGAAAGCCCGGGAAAAGAAAUGGAGCUGGCUCAGAACGGGGAGGAGGGACCGCCACGAAAACAGAGCUGCUACGAGCCUGCAGCUGCCGGGGAGCUGGCAGAGAUCACACCAAGCACUGAGGAGAGGCUGCUGGGGGAGAACUCCACGGACAUGGAGCCAGAGGGCAGCUCGGACAUCGGCGCACACCAGGAAGGGGAUCUGGGGGAUGCUGCAGGAACUGCUGCCCAGGUAGCUGCUGCUGUGAGCCCUUCUGCCAAGGGAAACACCUCUGACAGCGACCAAGCGGAGGGGAAAUCGGAGGUUCCCGCUGGGGUGGACUCAGUCAAUCACACAGACAUCCCUGAGACCAAAGCAGCAUGUGCUGUGGAAAAGGAAACCCACGGGCCACCUUCCCAGGGGGGCACGCACCGAGCUGGCUUUGAUGCCUUCAUGACUGGUUAUAUCAUGGCUUACGUCUGGAUGCUCAAGAAAGGCAAGAACACGGACGCUGAUGCAGGGCCCUGGUUGCCAGACUGCCACAACAAACUGUACCUCAGUGGGAAAUCGGUGCCGCUUCAGAUAGUGAAGAGCUUGUUCUCUAAGUCUUCCAAAGCUCACAGCCAGAAGAUGAAGCUGGCCUGGGCCAGUGGAUAG